CUCAAAAUUGAAGAUUAUCUUUUUUAUUACUAUUUAUUUAUUUAGUUUCUGGUUUCUGGUAGCUUGUCAUUUUAUUAAUUAAAAUGAUAUGAUACUUUUUUGUUUCAAUUUAUAUAAAAAAAUUAUGAAAUAAAAAUACUGCUUAUUUUGGAGUUUGUGAUAAGAAAUAAAUUAAAAAAAGUGACAGGUAAAACGUGACACGGUUGACGGAGGACGGAUGAUCGACAUAUGACAGAUUGUCAUUUAUUGGCGGGCUAUAAGUUGUUUUUCUGUAUUUUUCCAAUAUUCUAGCGGCACCCGCAAAUACAAAUAAGACAAGUUCUUGUUUCGCAUUAAUUUUGCUACAAAUAAUUUUGGUUAACUGUUGAAUCGCAUUACUUAAUUAAAAUGCGCUGUCCGAAAGACUAUAAUAUGUCAGAAGGGGCUUUGCAGGUGAUCAUGUCUGGGGGUGACUAUCCCAACCCCAUAAUGCAGAUUCUGGGAAGUAAAAGAAUCAAUGCUGGUGGAGACAAAGAAAAGAUCAGAAUAUUGCUCUCUGAUGGAAAACACACUAUUUCUUUUGCUAUGUUAACAACCCAAUUAAAUGAUAAAGUAGGACCUAAUGGAGUUCAGACUUUCAGUGUCAUCAAAAUUGAUAAAUAUAUAACUAGUAUUAUUAACAAUUCUGGCAAGGGUGAUGCACGUGUUCUAUUAAUUCUCGAGAUGAGUGUUAUUGUUGAUGGGACUGAGAUAGCUGAAAAAAUAGGUACUCCAGUCCCCUUGAAUGAAGCUGAAACGGCAAAACAAAAUGGAAGUGCUAGUAGUAAUAAACCAUCUUCUUCACACAAUACUAAUGGAACUUCAUCGAAUUCAUCAUUAUUUAAGCCAAAAGUUAGCUCUAUGGACACUAGUGAAAACUUGGCUGGUCAUAUGACCCAUCCUAUAUCUAGUCUCACUCCAUAUCAAAACAAGUGGGUUAUAAGAGCAAGAGUUUCAAAUAAAACUACUAUUAAGACUUGGUCAAAUUCUAGAGGUGAAGGAAAAUUAUUCAGCUUUGAAUUGUUAGACGAAAGUGGCGAGAUUCGUUGCACUGCUUUUAGGGAUCAUGUUGACAAGUUUUAUGAUUAUUUACAGGUCGACAAAGUAUAUUACAUCACGAAAUGUCAAUUAAAACCUGCGAAUAAGCAGUUCAAUUCAUUGAAAAAUGAGUACGAAAUGACAGUCACCAAUGACACUAACAUUCAGGAAUGUCAUGAUGCUGAAGCUUCCGAACUUCCACAAACGCAGUAUAAUUUCAUUACCAUUGACAAAAUUGCGGAGAAAGAUGUUAAUUCCUUAGUAGAUGUAAUUGGCGUCGUGAAAUCUGUAAGUGAAUUGUUCACUUUUCAGGCCAAAACUACUGGUCGUGAGUUAAAAAAGAAGGAAGUUACUUUAGUGGAUCAGUCGAAAACGUCUAUUGCUCUGACUCUAUGGGGCGAGGACGCAGAAACGUUCGACGGCACAAACAACCCCGUCAUCGUUUUAAAAGGAGCCAAAGUGGGAGAAUUCGGUGGAGGAAAAAAUUUGAGCACCUUGGUCAGCACUAACAUAAAAAUCAAUCCUGAAUUGAAGGAAUGUUAUAGAAUCAGAGGGUGGUAUGAUAGCGAAGGAGCCAAUCUCGAAACUACAAAUUUGAGCGCUAGAAGCGGAUCUGGUAAUUUCGCGACCAAUUGGAUGACGUUCAAGGAGGUUAAAGAUAAAAAUUUGGGCGGUUCCGAGAGAGGCGAUUAUUAUCAAGUACUUGGCACAAUUCUGCUUAUAAAAACUGAUAAUAUCAUCUACAAAGCUUGUCCUACCGAAGAAUGUAAUAAAAAAAUGGUAGACAUGCAAAACGGGAUGUACAGGUGUGAGAAGUGUAACAGAGAAUUCCCCAACUUCAAAUACAGAUUGCUGGCACAUAUGAACGUUGGAGACCACACAGGAAAUCAAUGGAUUAGUAUGUUCAAUUCUGAAGUAGAAAAGAUCUUGGGUGCAACAGCUGAAGAGGUUGGACAGCAAAUUGAACAAGACUCUGAACAGUUGGCCAGCAUCGUUGAUCGAGCUCAUUUCAAAGAAUAUGUUCUUAAAUGCAGAGCCAAAUUCGAGACGUAUAAUGAUGAAGCUCGUGUAAAAACAGUUUGUAUCAAAGUCGACCCCGUCAAUUACGAAGAAUAUAAUGCUUAUCUCGUUGAUAAGAUACAAGAAUUAACGGGUUUGAAUUUUGGAUGAAUCUCUUGAUUUCAAUAUAUAUUUAUAUUAGUUUGUAAGUUUAUAUUCCGGUAAUAAUACGUUGAUUUUCACCAGUAAUAUAACUUUUUUUUAUUGUAAACUUUAUAUUUAUAGAAUUAAAAUUGUUAAUUCUAAUAAAGGAUUUACAACUAAGAGGUAUUUCAAAUAAAAGUUUUUACACUCUACGAGUUCUAUUACUAGUUAAAAUGAAUGCUUUUAUUUAUGAGAUGUACUGUGUAUAGUUUAGUGGUCGUAGUAAUUUUACAUUUAUACCUUGUUUAAUAAUUGUAUCAUUGUAAUAGAAUUAUACAUGGUGAAGGUAGCAAAGAAUGAACAGUUAAGCAUUCAUAUACUAAUUCAUUGUAUUCCGAUAAGAAAUUAAUGAAAUAUUUUCUGAAAUAUCCAAAUUAAAACAGAUCUUGACUAGACUUUAAGUUCAAAAUCCAUUUUUUUUAUAGAAGCUGAUUAAACAAAAAAAAAUUAUAUAAGUAUUACUAAAAACAAAAUUGUUUCAACUUUGACACCAUGCAACUUUUUAAUUAAUAUUUCGUUGAAGCAAAUUAAAUCAAUUCGUAAUGCGCUAGUUCAGUGAUGAUGUAAUUAUGGUUCCACUGACAAAGUGACAGUAGAUUUUUUGAGUGCGUUUUGUUUACAUAAAUUAUAUCGUUUUUUUCACUUUUAUAAAUAUAUUCCUAAAGCAAGUAGAUAGCAUGUAUCAAAUAUACAAUCGUUUAUAUACAAUCAUUUACAUACCUUUAAACUAUUUUUUAUGACCUGUAAACAAUAUUUUGAAAUAAAAUAAAAACAGUAAAAACGUAUGUCAAAUUUAUUGAUGUUUUUGUUAAAAGUUUGGUUAGAAUUAAAUGUCAGUGGAACCAAAAUGACAUCACACUGAACCAGCGCAUAUUUUAAAGCUAUACUUCUAAAAUAAUUUGUUCUUCGUUUUGCUAUUUUGUAUUUGUUAAUCUUUCAUAGCUUAAAGUGGCAUUUCGAAACUUGUCUGUCGUCAAAAUCAAUCCUACACAUAGAAAUUUUGCUUAUACAGUGCUUUCAUUUCAAAACCAGCCAGUUGAAAUAAUUUUGGAUUUUACGUAAAUUUAUUGAAAACAAAAAUCAGUCAACUUUUAUUUGCACGGGGACGAAUUGUCAUAAAAUUUAUACCCAGAAAUCCAACCUCCUGGAACCCGGCAGUAACCUGCUAUUUUCUUUUUUUAAAUAAUAAGUAUAAAGAAGCACUUCUUGUCGACGUUGUCAACUACAUCAAAUCUAGGCUGGCUCACAAGCUAGGUACGUAUCCAUGUAGGAGGAUGCACAAUGGGUCUAGUGAUACCUAAGUCCCUUGAGGUUCCCCCCUUGU